CUCUAAAUAUGUGUAUAAUGGCUAUGAAAACAUCCAUCAUAAUUAAGCUUUAUAACGAGCUAAUCCUUAUGUGCAUCCCUUCUAAUUAUCUUUAGGCCAAAUAAGUUUUUUUUUAAGCAUAAAACGUUUUAUACGGAGUAUAAUCAUACAUUAUAUAGGUGAAUUCUCUUUAGAAGGUACCUGGACCGUGAGAGCAGUGAUUGAAAACAAAUAGCGGACCGAUUACUGGCGACCAAGAAAUAUGAUAUGUUCAGUGUGCACUGCCCACUUUGCCACAAGCAAUGUAAAACACUACUUUUGUUGAAAUCCACGGGUGUACUCUGCAAUGGGUGAUUGUUCCGUUUUGCAUACAGAUCUGAGAUCAUCGAUCGUUGCUUCCAGAAAAGACCAACUUCACUAGCGGAGCCAGAUCGGAGCAAAACGGCGAUGUAAUCAAUGGCGAUAGAAGUGGUAUUGCCACAUUCCAAUCCGUGGUGGGGUUAAUCUGGAUCGACGCCGGCGCUUUCCUCUGCAACCGGCCGGGCUGCCGCCGCCGGUCAUCCGGUGAUUGUUCCGUAUUCUCCGCCAUCUUAAGGGUAAUAGUAAUAUAUGAUAGGAAAACUCUUUUUAGCCUUGCAUAUGUGAAGAUGGUUUACUAUUGAAUCUGGAGGAGGGAGCUUGUAGAGUAUGGGAUUCGGCGAUGCUUCCUAUACAGUUGAUGUUAGAGAAGUGCUUCAACUGUUUCUGGUUUAUAGUUUUUUGGGUUUCCUUCUCCAUCAUUGUUGCUUGUACACUGCUACAAAGAGCACACUUGAUGGGAUAAUAGACACAGUUUUGGCAGUUCAUCUUCUUAUGCCACUACUAAGCUUAUUGAAGACCAAUGGUAAGCUUGUAUUGGUUGGUCUCCUGGAGGAACCCCUUGACUUGUUGGUGUUUCCCUUAAUCAUGGGUAGAAAAUUGGUUGCAGGAAGUGGCAUCGCUGUAAUAAAUUAAAGGAGACUCAAGCCAACAUAACAUCACACCAGAUGUUGAGAUUGUGCCGAUGGACUAUGUCAACACCGCCAUAGAACAUCUAGCCAAAGCCGACGUGAAAUAUGGAUUCGAAUUGGAUUUUUCCACAGAGGAACAGGAUGGAUUGAAAAGGCAGGCAUGUAGAAUAUGCAAAUUGUAAGGAAGAUGAUGUAAAUAUUAAAUUAUUAGAUGUUAAUAAUAUUUUAAAUGUAUG